AUGGAUGACAGUGAGAAUCCCUCUAUAAUAAUAGGAAUCGACUUCGGCAGCACCUCCUCCUCAGCAGCAUUCCUCCACCCAAACUCCCGCACUAAAGAAAUCCAGGCACUCCACUACUGGCCCUCCGCCCUAAAAUGGUCGUUCGAUCAAGUUCCGCGAGGGGCUGAAAUCCAGUCGAUCGUGUAUUAUGACCCCUACAUCGAAGUCGUCGGGUGGUCUGGGAAUCGAGAAGAGGUCGUCACUGCGCAGGGGAACUUGAAGCCUGGUAUACAGGCGACACCGAGUUUCAAAGCGCAAUUGUUUCCACCAACGGAUGAGUUUCGGAAUGGGCUGCUUCCACCCGGGAAGACGGUUGAGGAUGUCACGGUGGACUUUCUGUCUCAUUUUCGGAGAAGUGUCCUGGAGCAGCCGGAGCUCGCAUGGCGGGACAGCAGGGGGAGUUUCCAGUUCGUUAUGACUGUUCCAGCGUUCUGGAGUGAUGAGACUAGGGGAGAAUUCCGUGAAAUAGCCAAGAUGGCAGGUUUUGACCAGGCUGGUGAGAAGUUGGAGUUGGUAUCUAGCCUCGAGGCGGCCUUGUUCAACGCGCACUUUACACGGCCUUCUUGUUUCAAUCAAGGUGAUAAUAUCCUUGUUCUUGACUGCGGCGGGCAUCUUGUUGAAGGGUCUACCUACCAUGUUAAAUCGACGUCUCCUCUCAGGAUUGACCGCCGAACCUCUGUCUCCGUGGCAUCAUGUGGCUCUGCCGAAGUAACUCGACAGUUCACGGCCAUCGCAGGAAGCAAAAUAGAUAAAGCCAGAUUCCCGGCUCACGGGCGUACAAAGCCUCGAAUGCGCCUGCGGGCCAAAAGGGCGUUUGAGAAGGAGUUGGUGUUUGGGGACACGCUGGGAAGGCCGGGUUUCAAGUUUGAACUCCCUCCAGAGAUGUCAGAUGGAUUUUGGGUGGCGGACUUGGGUGUCGAAAUGGACUGUCCAGAGGCGGAUCUUGUAGAGGGAUAUAUGGUGUUUUCUGAGGAUGAGGUUUAUUCUUGUUUCGAUGCAGUUGUGGAGAGGACACUGGGCCUCGUACGGGAGCAGGUCCAGGCCAUGCAAGAACAGAACGUGCAAAUACAGAGCUGCCUGCUUGUUGGUGGGUUCAACAGAUGCCAUUACUACAACCGCAAAGUGAAGUCCGGUAUAUGGGAGUACGGAGUUACAACCAUUGAAGUGAACAACAAGACUGUCCCUUUCGCAAAGGGGGCUGUUUUAGCUGGCUUCAUGCCCUAG